GGUUUAGGUCACUGUCUAAUACACACUCUGCUUUCAUUACAAUAGCAGUAACUGCAGUUCCGGAAACAGUUGUAGUGCCCUUCUGUGGCGCAGGGUGGCGGUGAUGGGUUGGGGUUAUCGCUACAGUUCCUGAACACCAGAGGCGCUUUGUAGGGAAAGACUUGGGUAUAGAUUAAGAAGCAUUCCAACAAAGUAAACAAAUCGUUUCCAGACGUGAGAAAACAAGCUAGCAGUCAGUAUUAGCUAUCUUAAUGUUGAACUGAAUGAAAGGGGACCUAUUUCAACCACAGCCUGGGAGUCAUAAGAGAGAGAGAGAGCAAGAAAAGAAAAGUUUACAUUUCAAAACAGGUGUCAUCAUUGUUUUGGACUCAUUUUAGUACCGGAAGUGCGCAUAUGAUUAACUUGGAAGAUAAAUUUUCAUCUGCAUUUUAGAGGAAUGUUGCAAUUCAAAUAACAGCUUUUUAAAGAUGGUUGGAAAACUUAAACAGAACUUGUUACUAGCAUGUUUGGCCAUCAGCUCAUUGACUGUGUUAUAUCUGGGUCAACAUGCGAUGGAAUGCCAUCAUCAGACAGCAGAAGAACGAAGCUUUUCUGGACUUUUAGGUAACUCAAGGACAGGUUUUAGACUUCAAGGGGUUCAACAUAUAAAUAACACUGUUUAUCAUAAAGACAUGCCUUUAGUAUUUAUUGGAGGAGUGCCUCGGAGUGGUACAACACUCAUGCGUGCCAUGCUGGAUGCUCAUCCUGACAUCCGUUGUGGUGAAGAGACUAGAGUAAUUCCUCGUAUUCUGGCCAUGAAGCAGAUGUGGAGCAGGUCUAGUAGAGAAAAACUUAGAUUAGAUGAAGCUGGUGUCACAGAUGAAGUUCUAGAUUCUGCCAUGCAAGCUUUUUUACUUGAAAUUAUUGUUAAACAUGGAGAGCCUGCUACAUAUUUUUGCAAUAAAGAUCCUUUUGCUCUAAAGUCACUAAUUUAUCUAGCUAAAAUUUUUCCUAAUGCCAAAUUUAUACUGAUGGUAAGGGAUGGCCGUGCAUCUGUCCACUCCAUGAUAUCUAGAAAAGUCACUAUAGCUGGAUUUGAUCUUACAAGUUACAGAGAUUGUUUAACUAAGUGGAAUCGUGCAAUUGAAACUAUGUUUAACCAGUGUUUGGAAGCUGGUGUCACUAAAUGUAUGCCUGUGUAUUAUGAACAACUUGUUCUGCAACCUGAAAAGUGGAUGAAAACUGUUCUGAAAUUCCUGAACAUUCCAUGGAAUCAGGCUGUUUUACACCAUGAGCAGAUGAUUGGAAAAGCAGGAGGAGUUUCCCUUUCCAAAGUUGAACGAUCUACUGACCAAGUUAUCAAGCCAGUGAAUUUAGAAGCUUUGUCAAAAUGGGUUGGAAAAAUUCCUCCAGAUGUUAUACAUGACAUGCCAGUAAUAGCACCGAUGUUGGCAAGACUAGGAUAUGAUCCAUUUGCAAACCCGCCUAAUUAUGGAAAACCAGAUUAUAAAGUACUUUUAAACAGUAAAAAGGAUGAACCAACUGACUAGAGGAUGUGCUGCUGUUUUAUUUUCACACUAAAGGAAUGAAUUCCUGCCUGACUUGCAGUGCACGGAGUCUUGAAUUCACACAACAGUUGGUGAAAUGUGGGUCCAGAAGGAUGUCUGAACUCUGUUUUAUGCAUUUCAUUAAGCACACAUUACAGCAGUGAAGAAAAGCAUUUGGUUUCCCAGUGACUGCAUUGACUGUAUACACUUUUUCGUACUCUGCAGUGCAGAGAACAAAAUCAUUAGAGUUACUGAAACUGGAAGACUUGAGAUUUCAUUUUUGCUGCCAGACUGAGUCAUAAUUACCACCAGCAGAUUCACGAACAGUACAAGUCAUCUGCUGCCUAAAAUGGUACAGAAUAGCCUCCCAUUUGAUAAGUUAAUCCAUAGGUGCAUCAGAAAAGAACGUUUUUUUUAUUAUUUGUAAUCGGUAAGAGGAAUCCAACUGUGGAAGUUAGUUCUGAUUUUUUAUUAUGAUGUGGGUGGGUGAACUUAUAGUAGGGAAUAACAUUUUUAAUGCUCUUUGUUAUCAGUUGUUUGUUUACUGAGCUCAAUUUGGAAGAAAAGAGAUUUACAUGUUAUUUAAAGGAUAUAUUUCUCAGUCCUCAAAAUAUUUCAUCUGUAUUGAUUUGCAACCAGACGGAUCUUUUACUGUUUUGAGUGUUAAACAUGACUUGUCAUUAAAUACA